GGGAGAGGAGGAAGCGGAGGGUGACUCAGGCCCCAGCUCCUCUGCACUUCGCCCCUAGCCCCGCCCGCCUCGCAGUGUGGCCGGGGGAGGCCCGGAGCGUCCCCCCGUCCCCGCCCGCGGGUGAAGGGUGAAGCCGCCGCCGCCGCCGCCGCCGCCCCCGAGGAUGGAGAUCCCGCCGACCCACUUCCCAGCCGCGCGGGCGGCCUCGGUGGCCGAGAACUGCAUCAACUACCAGCAGGGCACCCCCCACAAGGUGUUCCAGGUGCAGACGAUCGCACAGGCCAGCGUGCAGGAUAUUCCGGAAAAAGGACAUAAGUAUUGCCUUAAAUUUUCUGUGGAAGAGAUUAUCCAAAAACAAGUUACCCUGAACUGCACAGCUGAAGUCCUUUACCCUCUGACGGGACAAGAUACCGCACCAGAAGUCAACUUCACAUUUGAAGGAGAAAUUGGAAAGAACCCAGAUAAAGAAGAUAACACAUUUUACCAAAGACUCAAGUCCAUGAAGGAACCACUUGAAGCACAAAAUAUUCCAGACGGUCUCGGGAAUGUGCCCCCGGAGAUGGAGCCAGUCCGACACCUGGCCUGGGUCGCCUGCGGUUACGUUAUAUGGCGGAACUCGACGGAGGACACGUGGUACAAAAUGGCAAAGAUUCACACGGUCAAGCAAGUGCAAAGAAAUGAUGACUUCAUUGAGUUAGACUACACUGUUCUACUUCAUGACAUUGCAUCUCAGGAGAUUAUUCCUUGGCAAAUGCAAGUUCUCUGGCAUCCGCAAUAUGGUACUAAAGUCAAACAUAAUACCCGCCUGCCAAAGGAAGCACAACCGGAAUAAACGAAGACCCUAUCAAUGAAGUGUCAGCUUCCUUUUAAUGAUGUGUAUGCCAGUCUUCACUGAUACCUACAUGGUGCCAUGCAAAUCCCAAAGUGUAACUUGGUAUAAAUGUCUUCGUUACACUAUGGAACCAUAUAGAUUCCACACAGUAGAGAGUAUCCUGAUGUAAAAGUGUCCCAACGCUAAUAGUGGUAUGUAUAUCCCAUAAUAAAAAGCUUCAAUUACAGCCUCA